CACCCCGAACAUCGGCUUUUCCUCUCCGAACGGCUGUCAGCAACUCGAUGCUGCACCGCUGGGCGUCCCCUCGGUAAUCAUGAAUGCCGGGGCGCUGCGACGAGCGCUGCCUCCGAGGCGAGCAGUCGGAGGCUUGCAAGAAUCUGCAGCCUGGAGUCGCGGCUCUCUGUCGCAACUCUCCCCGAAGGCCGAGUCUCGUCUGUGCCAGCCGCAAUUGCUUCGUCCGCGCGCGCUUCCGUCGUUUACGCCUGCUGGAUUCCAUACACUCGCGGGGUCUCUGCGUCUAUCUCCGUAUCAAUAUCAAGCUUCUUCUUCUCAACCGCAAUCGCAUACCGGCUUCGGACUUCGAUCGUCAUCUGGCCAUGGACAUGUACUGCAUCUAGCUCGCCAAUUCUCCGGUACCUCUUCUGCUGCGCGAGAGGUUCAAUCAAAUACUCAGAAUGCGAAUCAACAAGCACUGGAGCCAGCCCGGCAAACAAAGGAUACCAACGAGGAUCAUGGCAGCCAGGAAUUUCAAAAGAGCGAAAGGGCUGCCCAUGCGGCGCAAGUCAACCUCUCUGCUAGACUGUCCAAGGAGGGCAAGCCUCAAGCAAAGGCUGGCCUGAAGGAAAUAUGGAGGCUCAUCUCGAUCGCCAAACCGGAAGCUCGCUGGCUGGGCCUGGCCUUCUUCUUCCUCAUGAUUUCCUCGGGCGUCACCAUGCUGAUACCGUUUUCGGUUGGACGAAUCCUCGACAUCUCGACAAAGGGCGACAUCGAUAACGUGAACAUCUUUGGCCUCACCCUCAAUCAGUUCUUCAUGGCUCUUGGGGGUGUUCUCACGCUUGGCGCCAUGACCACCUUUGGACGAGUAAUUCUGUUGCGCAUCAUUGGAGAGAGAGUCGUUGCCAGAUUGCGGUCCCAGCUUUACAGGAGGACCUACGUUCAGGACGCCGAAUUCUUCGACGCCAAUCGAGUCGGCGACCUCAUAUCGCGACUCGGUUCCGACUCGGUCAUUGUGGGCAAGUCCAUUACUUCCAACCUGAGCGAUGGGCUUCGAGCCAUCUUCAGUGGUGGUGCCGGAUUCGCCAUCAUGAUCUGGACGAGUGCCAAGCUGACCGGCAUCCUGUGUCUCAUGUUCCCGCCCAUUGCCAUCGGAGCCUUCUUCUACGGACGAGCGAUUCGAAAUGUGAGCAGGUCGAUCCAGAAGAAUCUCGGUACCUUGACAAAGAUUGCAGAAGAGCGACUUGGAAACAUCAAGACGAGCCAGGCAUUUGUCGGAGAAAUCCAGGAGGUCAACCGGUACAACAAGCAGGUCCGCAAGAUUUUUGCGCUGGGCAAAAAGGAAUCAUUGAUCGCCGCAACAUUCUUCGCCUCGACCGGCUGGGCGGGUAACAUGACGAUCCUGGCCAUGUUGGUCGUCGGAGGCAAUCUGGUACGAUCCGGAGCCAUGUCCCUAGGAGACUUGACCUCUUUCAUGAUGUACACUGCAUUUGCGGGUUCUAGUCUGUUUGGCCUCUCGGGAUUCUACUCGGAGCUCAUGAAGGGCGUCGGUGCCGCAAGUCGCUUGUUUGAGCUGCAGGACCGGAAGCCUACCAUUCACCAGACCGUCGGCAUCCCCAUCAAGUCCGCCCAGGGCACCAUUCGAUUCAACAAUGUCCAUUUUGCCUACCCGACCCGGCCUGCGGUCAAGAUCUUCAAUGGCCUGGACUUUGAAAUUGCGUCUGGCAGCAACGUCUGCGUCGUCGGUCCGUCAGGAGGCGGCAAAUCGACGGUUGCGUCCCUGCUUCUGCGAUUUUACAACCCUACCUCUGGGUCCAUCACCAUCAACGGAAUCGACAUCUCCACAGUGAACGUCAAGUCGCUGAGACGGCGCAUUGGCGUUGUCUCCCAAGAGCCCGUGCUGUUCUCGGGAACCAUUGCUGAGAACAUUGCCUAUGGCAAACCGCAUGCCAGCCGCGCGGAAAUAAUCUCAGCGGCCAGGAGGGCAAACUGCACCUUUAUCAGCGAUCUGCCAGAUGGCCUGGAGACCCAGGUCGGGGCCCGAGGGUCUCAGCUGUCCGGAGGUCAGAAGCAGCGCAUCGCCAUUGCCAGGGCGCUGCUCAAGGAUCCUGAUAUCCUGAUCCUCGACGAGGCUACUUCGGCCCUGGAUGCAGAGUCGGAGACGCUGGUGAACGAGGCCCUCGCCGGGCUUCUCCGUGGGCACAACACCACCAUCUCCAUUGCGCAUCGACUGUCUACUAUCAAGAGGUCCGAUCAGAUCAUUGUCCUGAACAAGGACGGACAGGUGGCGGAGAUUGGCAGCUACGCCCAGCUUGCUGCCGACAAGGACAGUGCCUUUACUAAGCUGAUGGAGUGGCAGAUGAGUGGAGGCGAGAUCCCGUCCGAGGCACGGCCGUCGAGGGAGUCUACUUCUCACAUUACCGAGUAUGAGGAGAUUGAAGACGAUCUCGCCAGGGACGACGACCAGGAGGGUUUUGUUGAUGAAAGUGGAGAGGCCCUUAGGGAGUCCAAAGAGAAGGCAGCCUCGUCGCCUGCAGACAAACCAACGAGCCCUUGA